ACCGUUACGGAGCGCACAAACGCACCGACCGUCAUUACCGCCGCCGCCACUUAAGUUGCCAACAACCGCUAUACAGAGGACCUUACAGUAUACGACGCGGAGGAAAAUGAAGUCUACGCUUUGGUGCCUUAUUUUGAUAUUGGUCUUUCUGAGACGGAAUGAAGCCAGGCAACAGCCAAAUAUUGUCAUCAUGCUCAUGGAUGACAUGGGCUGGGGCGAUUUGGGCAUCAAUGGGGAACCCCACCGAGAGACGCCCAAUAUCGACCGAAUGGCCCUAGAAGGAAUGACAGCCACUUCGAUGUACACAUCGGCGCCUCUCUGCUCCCCUUCUCGAGCAGCGUUGUUAACAGGACGUCUUCCUAUCAGAAAUGGUUUCUAUUCGGACAAUCUACUGGGGAGAAACGCUUACACUCCGCAAGACAUAGUCGGUGGGAUAUCGAACGAUGAAAUUCUCUUACCUGAAGUGCUAAGGAAAGUUGGCUAUACAUCUGGCAUCAUAGGAAAAUGGCACCUGGGCCAUCGCUCUCCCCACCUGCCCUUGGAGAGAGGGUUCGACUACUGGUUUGGGUCUCCUAACUGCCAUUUUGGCCCAUUCGAUGACAAAACUACCCCAAAUAUACCUGUCUUCAGGAAUUCGUCUAUGAUUGGCAGAUACCACGAGCAAUUCCCCAUCAACCACACAACCGGAAUAUCGAAUAUGACUCGGCUCUUCACCGAAGAGGCUGUCGAUUUCAUCCACCGAGAAGCCGCCCAAGGUCCUUUCCUCCUCUACUGGGCGCCGGAUGCCACCCACGCCUUCACCUACGCCUCUGAGGAGUUCCGUGGCACCAGCAGGAGAGGCAAAUAUGGGGACGCAGUGAGAGAGCUGGAUGCCGGUGUGGGCGCCAUCCUAGGGGCGUUAAGAGACACGGGCGUGGCCAACAACACCCUGGUCGUCUUCUCUUCGGACAAUGGAGCUGCCCUGGUCAGCAAGUUUGACGGUGGCAACAACGGUCCCUUCUUGUGCGGGAAACAGACGACCUUCGAGGGAGGCAUGCGGGCUCCUGGUAUUUUCUGGUGGCCCGGUACUAUUAAGCCUGGUUCCAUCACGCAACAGGUGUGGACUCAAAUGGACUUGUUCUCAACGGCUGUAGAACUCGCAGGGGGCGACGCCCCCACCGAUCGCAUCCUGGACGGUCUGCCAUUGGGGGCUUCUCUGCUCCACCCGGAGAUGGAGAUAGCCAGACCUGUGUUCUUCUACCGAGGUGACCUGCUCAUGGCUGUUCGCAAAGGGUCGUACAAGAUGCACCUGUGGACUUGGAGUACACCGGAGCACGAACUCCAACAGGGUAUCAACUACUGCCCAGGAUUCGAAGUGGAGGAUCUGACGACCACCAAUCAGACGGACCACAGCGACAGACCAAUCCUCUUCAACAUAGAUCAGGACCCGACUGAGCGCUAUCCACUCAGCCCUCACUCGGCCGACUAUACAAAGCAGGUUCCAGCACUGCUGCAAAUUGUCUUCGAACAUCGAGGGCAGCUCGUCAAAGGAGAACCUCAGCUUAACUGGUGCGAUCCAGCUGUCAUGCACUGGGCACCUCCUGGUUGUGAGGCUCUCGGCCAGUGCCUGAAAGCCCCACCCUCUAAUCCGACCAAAUGCUACUGGCCACAUUAAUGUCACCCAGAACGACCACAUAUGUUUAUACAGGCGCAUUAGUGUUACCCAGAAUACCUGGAUGUUGAUUUAAUUGCAUUAAUGUCACCCAGAACGGCCACAUAUGUGUAUAUAGGCGCAUUAGUGUCACCCAGAAUGCCCGGAUGUUGAUAUAAUUGCAUUAAUGUCACCCAGAACGGCCACAUAUGUGUAUAUAGGCGCAUUAGUGUCACCCAGAAUACCUGGAUGUUGAUUUAAUUGCAUUAAUGUCACCCAGAACGGCCAGAUAUGUUUAUAUAUGCGCAUUAGAGUUACCCAGAAUGCCCGGAUGUUGAUAUAAUUGCAUUAAUGUCACCCAGAACGGCCACAUAUGUGUAUAUAGGCGCAUUAGAGUCACCCAGAAUGCCUGGAUGUUGAUAUAAUUGCAUUAAUGUCAACGGCCACAUAUGUGUAUAUAGGCGCAUUAGAGUCACCCAGAAUGCCUGAAUGUUGAUUUAAUUGCAUUAAUGUCACCCAGAACGGCCAGAUAUGUUUGUGCAGGCAUAUAGUUACAUUAAUGUCACCCGGGACGACCAGAUAUGUUUAUAUAUGUAUAUUGAGGUCAACCAGAACGACUGAUCAUAUUUAAAUAGGCGCAACAAUAUCACCCAGAGCGACUAGAUAUGUAUAUAUGGGUGAAUUAACGUCAACCCAAACGGCCAAACAUGUUUAUAAUGUGCAUCAAUGUCAACCAGAAUAACCAAUUGUUAAUGCACGACCAGUUCUCUUCACAUAUCAAACGUAGCAAAUUUAAAAUCCUCUGUGGAUAAUGUUUUCUUAAAGUACUUUUUUCAGUCAACAGCCUUCAGUAGUACUUCUCUUAAUCAGUAAUUAAUGAGAUAGGUCUAAAAAAAAUCCAAUGAGUCGAUGUGUUUGAUUUGAGCACCGAUUGUUUUCGUGUUUUUUUUCUGAGCACCAAACAUUGUUUUGUGAUCGCAUAAUUCAAUCACCGUGUUUACAGGUACACACCUUGUUUAUUGUGUUAAUUAUACAGUUAAUAAUAUGUGGGAAACUACUUCUAUAAGCUAAAGUUUUACGAGAAAAGUUCCUACAGAAUAUAACAUAAAAUUUCUCGGUAUUUUGAUUUAUUGUCUUGUUGCCACAAAAAAUAAAAAAUAAAAAAAAAAAACUCUCCCAGGAAGAACUGGUACCUGCCCAACGAAACAAAAUUUAUUGUCAGGGCUUGAUACAGUUUUAUUAGUCCAUUCAGAUAUUCUGAUCGUCUGAUAAAGUUUUGAUAAAUUCAUUAGAUAUUCACUCAAUUAUUCAUCUGAUUUGGAGGAGGCAAUAAGGUCGGACCUUGAAAAUGAAUAUUGGACACAUGGCAAUAUAAACAGAAUUAUUUUGAUUUGUUUAAGCACAAUGAUUUCAAACGUUUACUAAUAAUUUUUACUUUAAUGAAACUCUGCUUUGUUGAAUAUUGGAAAUACAUUUUUCGAUGUACUGAGCUGGAACAGAUCUUGACUUGUUUAAAUUUUGUUGUAUUCAGUGAUUGAAACUGCUUCAUUUUAUAAAAUGUUUACAAUAGGUUCAUUCCUAAUGAUUUCUAGACGUAAUGAACUGCCAUUUGUUGAAUUACUAAUACGUCCCUAGAAAUCCCUUGAAACAGAUACCCUGAUUUUAGUAACUUUCUGAAACCAUUUUAACAGCACCAGAUAGAAAUGUUUUUCUACUUUCGGUAUAUGUUUGUUUUUAUGUUAAGUGAGAGUGAUUUCUGUCAUGAAGAAAUUGUUUUGUGAUUUAUGAAUAAAUUAACUGUUUCUGGAUUUAUAGAAUUAUAAAGUCCAUGGUACUGUUACAGACUUUGGGAUUUAAUACAAAUGUUCAGAAGGGGAAAAAGAGAGCCUUUUUGCCCAUCUGUUUCCGCUUACAGUGUUAUGUUUUAUGAAAUUUAAAUGAAGGAGGAAGUACGUAAAACUUUUUUUUUUUUUUUAGAUAAUUUCUGUUGUCAUUUUAUUAAUAUUUUUAAGAGAGAUAAUACCCUUCCAUUUGUUUUUGCUUUGCACAAUAACAUACAAUCUCGCUAAAAAAGAAAAACCGGGGUUUCUUGUUUUCACAUCGAGAAAACGAAAACAUACUUGAUAGCUCAAUUUCCAAGUAAAAUGAGUACCAUUCUCAUAUAAAAAAAAUCAAUUGCCUUUGGAUAUCUUGAAUGAUAAAAUAAAGGGCUUUGGAAUCUAAUAGGAAAGGCAACGAGACCAAAAAGGCCAAGAAGUCGAAAGAAGGAGCGAGUGACAUAUUUUGUUUUACAUAGCACUCAGGUAUGCUAAUUCUGAAGGAUUCAAGAAAGAAUUAUUUAUUAUUCAUAUUUAUAUUAAUGAAGUUAUUUUGAAGUGUUGGAAUGUUAAACUGAAUUAUGUCAUUAUCUAGGAAUACUUCUCUAGUUAAGUUAGAAAGCUUUGCUUUAAAACCAUUUAAUUUUAUUACAAUAAACUAUUUGUAUUAGGUA